AUGGCUGAAGAUUUGAAUUUAUUAAAUUUCUACUGGGAACGAUAUUGGAAAGUAAAAUUCAUUCAUGAUCGUGAAUCAAAAUAUCAAAUUGAAGAAUGGUGUGCAUUGUAUUUGAAAAAUCAUUCUUGUAUACUGUUGACUAAUAAUGAACAAGAUAAGGUGGUGGAAAACAAUUUAUUACUUUCGGAGGUGAUUCAAAUUUGUAAGAAUUGGAUAUUACAUGAUUGUUUGAAGGAAAUUAUCAAUGAUUUGGAAGAGAAGAAUAUUGAUUUUCUGAAAGUAAUGUGUUUUGGUGAGUGGUGGGAUUUAAUGUUGGAAGAAUAUGUGAAAUAUCGAUGGAGGGAGGAGUUAAAGCAUAGAGAUGAGAAGAAUAACGACACUGAGAAGAAGGAAGAGGAAAGUGAAGAUUUAUUGGUAAAUAAAUCAGUGAUUGAAUCGAUAAGGAAGGGUAUACCACAAAUUAGAGAUGUAGAUCAUGAAUUGACAAGAAUCACCCAACAGUAUUACAAAAAGUCAAUUAGGAAGGAAAUUUUGAAAGAAUUGAAUGAUUAUGUUACUUUAAAUGAUCAUGAAUUAAUAACUCUAUGGCAAACGUUUCCUGAUAUUUACACAAUUAACACUGAAGAUAGUAUUGUAAAAAAUCAAAAACAAUUAUUGAAAGUAUUAUUGGAUAAAACUUUGAAAUAUAUUGUGGAUAAGAAUGGAUUCUCAGAGGAGGAUAAUCAAUUUUUAAAGCAAUUUAAUGAAUCAAGUGAUGCUCUGUGCUUGGAAAGAGCAGAGAUUUAUAACAAGUUACAAAAAUUGUGUACCUUUACUAGAAAUUUACAAAAACAAACCUAUAGAAUUGACUUGAGGUCAUUUCUAUGGACAGGAUCUAACGAGGAGGUGGAAUUGUCUAUCGAAAAACAAAAUAGGUUGUCCCAAAUCCGAUUUUCAAACGUAGAGAGUGUAAACUUAGCGGUUGACUAUUCAAAAAUAGAUGAAGAACUUGUGAGAAAUGAGUUUUUACAAACUAUAGAAUCAAUGUACAAGUAUGUAUUAGUAGGAAUUUUAGAAAAAUAUUAA